UCCUCACUUCGGCGCCAUGGAGCCUGUCAAAGAGACCACUUCGGUGUUGCCGGAAACGACCACAACCGGAGGUUCCCCAACUGGCGAUGACAAGGAGGCGAACGGAUCGAAAGGCAUCAUGGAGGUGAAGAUUAUGCGACUCUCGGGAGAAGAGCUAACCUUGAACGUCCUGGAGGACUGCACCCUCAAAGACUUCAAGAGUUUGCUGGUAAAGCAUUCGAUUAUCGACGAGGCCCUUGGAAUGGAGCUCCUACUGGUUGGAGUUGCCAGAAUCAACCAGCAGAAACUCUCUUCGACUAUGUCACAACUGGGCGUGCGAGAUGGCUCUUGCAUCACGGUGAUCAAGCAGCGGGUUCACGACUACAGCCGCAUUGCCAAGUUAGACCACCUCGUCAAGUCAGAGAAGUGGCCGCAAGGAGUUCUCACCACUGAAGACGGCCUCUUCUACGUAUGUCACUUCCAGGGGGAAGUACUGGUGCUAAACCAGGAGCUCGAAAAUGUGCGGAAGGCACUCCUCCCAAGGGAAGUGAGUAACCCGAGCCAGAUGGCCAUGGCACCCAACGGCGAUUUGGUUUUGGCCUGCGGCGAUGGGAGGGGCGGCGCAGUGGUUGCAGUGGUGGAUUCCAAAACCAUGGAGGCAAAAAGAUGGAUGAGACCAAAGGUGACCAGCGGGCGGGGCUUGGGCAUGGCGAUGGGUGGAGGUCGUGUUUACCUCUCUCACUGCUGGACCACUGGCGACUCUGCAGCUCGAACUGGCGACUCUGCAGCUCGAGAGAAGCGUUCGAAGUCCGUAGUUGUCUUCGACUUUGAGACUGGUGAGCAAGUGACCACCUUCGACGGCUUUCAACAUCCCUGUGGCCUUUGCGUGACGGACGACCGCCUCUUCGUGGCCGACCGCGGUGCCAACGAGGUCCGCGUGCUGGAUUUGGAGGGCAAUCCAUUGGACACCAUUGGAGGUGGCGAGUUGAAGAUUCCCAACGAUGUGGCGGUGGACAAUUGUGGCAACGUGCUGGUGAUGGACACGGGCAAUGAGCGUGUUGCAGUCUUUGCUCCUGAUGGGGAACUGGUGGCCAGUGUGCUGCCGGGCACCUUCAAGAACCGCGGCAACACCCAUAGCUACAUCACGGUGAACCCCUUGACUGGCACCAUCUCCGUGUCCAUGGAUGAUAUUCACCAGGUCGCCGUCCUGGCGCCACCAAUUUGGUUGGUCUAGGCUCCAGAGUGGUGGCAUCCUGGUGCCUGCAACACGCUCCAUGUACAGAUGAGCGCCGGAGAACAAAAUAAAUGCCAAAAGAUGUGCUCAGCCACUGUGUCGCAAGCAACAACCGAUGAUGAAAAGCCACCUGUGUCGAACAUCUCCAUGAGUGCUGGAAGCACUUGUGGGCCAUGAGUGCUUGAGUCUCCAUGCUGUACUAACAGGUUUAAUGUGUUCACGCAUCGGGUCCAUUUGAUCAAUGCUCCAGGACGGCAGGUCUUCCUUCUGUGGGCCAUUGCAGGGGUCUUUCGAUCUUCAAAGUUGAAGUUAGGUGACCAGGUGCUCAACUUGUAUGAGGGCCCAAGAAUUGAAUGUGUGUUUAGGGUUGAUUCUAGCAGACUUUCAACAAAACAUGCUGAGAGACACAAGAACAGAGUUGGCGUUUGCGCAGAUCACAGAGUUGGAGCGAGAGU